AUGUUUCAACAACCAAACUAUUCAGAUCCAGGCAAACAUAUCAGUACAUCAUCUAGCGUAUAUCCUGACUCGAACAGUGCCUCCCCAGAAUCAUCACCACGUAUACCAGGUGCAUUUGAACAAAUAAUAAUACCUCGUCAUAAGGAAAAUCCAUUUCGUACAAACAAACCUAUAGAGCAACAACAACAACAACAGCAACAACAACAACAACAACAACAGCAACAACAACAACAACAACAACAACAACAACAACAACAACAACAACAACAACAUCAACAGCAUCAAGAACAUCAGGCUAAUGGACAUGACGAAGAACAAAAUCGUAUGCCAACCGAGGGAUCUAAUCAAACAUUUCAAUCAUAUAUGACUGCCCGUAGUGGGGCUUAUUCAUUUGAAGAAGAAGAUUAUGAGAAUGAAGUAGCAGGACACCAGGACCAACAAAGUGAAAAUGGCAGUAUUUACUCACAAAACCAAGAACCACAAUUAAGAAAUGCCCCAAGUUUCUCAUCAAUAAAUGAAUCAAUUUUCCAUAAUUCCUCGAAAAAUACUACCCUUGACACCACUGAAAACGACGAAACCCCAUUAAUAGAUAGCAGCGAGAGGUACCCUGAUGAAACUCCGAUAGUUGACGAUAAUGGAUUUCUUCACGAGAUAAACCACGGAGAAAAAGAUAUCAUUGCAAGUGAACCUAUUGAUUCGAAUGAACCAACUUCAUUACUACCAAAACAAAAUUUGAGCAAGAAAUUCAAAAGAGUGUCAGUGGCAUUACAGAAUACACGAACUUCAGGGGAAUCGUACAAUUUUAGAUAUGUAUUCCAAAACAAUGUUGACCAAGCAAAUAGAACAGCAACUCAAGAUAAUACUGCCCCCAAACUUGAACGCAAAAGUACAUAUUACAGAAAACUACAAGAGAAAAAGCUACAAUCAUCACAAGAACAACAAGGUACAGAAGUGGAGAAUAUGGUAAUUUCAAAUGAUCAACACUCGGAAGCUAGUUCUAUCAGCACCAGAGCAUCAAGUACACAUACUGAUACCAGUGGAAGAGACGACGAACAAGAUGAUAAUCUAGUGAAAAAGAAUUCGACAAAUUCAUCAUCAAAUUUUGUAUUCAGUAAUAAUAAUUUACCAUCAUCGUACAAUUUGGGAGGAUCUAAAGUAAAUGACGAUAUACCGAUUCGAAAAGAUUUAAUCAGAGAAAAUAAAGCACAAGUUCAGCAGGAUGCAAUUGAUAGGGAACGAUUACAAAUGUACAAUAAUUCAACGGCAAUGUCAGAAGAAGGUGGGUUGAACAUUGUUUACAAAGACGCCAAUACUACUAGUGAUGACACAUACCUGAAACCACCAUCUCCAACAAAAUCUGAAGAAAAAGAAGACAAUUUGUCCGAUUUUUUCAUACGAGCAUUGCAUUCAUUUGAUUCAUCAACUUUACAAUCAAAAUCAGAUGCAUCAAUUUGUUUAUCAUUUGAGAAAAAUGACAUUGCAUUUCUUCAUACCAUUGACGAAUCAGGAUGGGGGGAAGUCACUUUAUUAGAAACUUUACAAACUGGAUGGAUUCCUAUGAACUAUUUUUCGCUCGUUGUUACAUCCAGUGAUGAUGAAGAGGACGAGGAUGAUAGCUAUGAAGAUAAUGACGAUGACGACAGUAAUAAAAUCCCAAAUAAUCAUUAUUUGAAACCAUUAUUACAUGCAUGUGGACAAUUUCUUUCUAAUCCAUUGAGUCAUAAAGAUCGUCGAAACAAGUACACUUUUUCCAUUAGAGUGAUAAAUUCAAUUAGAGAUGGUGUGAGGUUAUUAUUACAACAAACUGAUUGUUUAUCAAGAUCGAAUGAAUUAGUCACCAAAAGACCAAUUGUAAGAAAAUCGCGGAAAUCAUUAUUGGCAGAUUGGUAUAAUCUUAUGGUCAAAGCUAAUGAAUUUAAAGGUACUUCAAAUUACAACAAAAUAGAAAUCUUAACAUUAAUGGUGUAUCAAGUGAGUCGUAAAGCUGUAUCAUUUUUAGAAAUAUGGUCAGCUGAAAGUAAAGAAAUCAUUACUCGUGAUCACACGGGGAAAAAAUUAUAUGAUGAUUUGAAUGAUUGCCCAUUAUUGAAAACGCCUCCAUUGGCCAAACAAAGAAUCACGGAAAUCCAUGGGGUAUUAUUUUCCUAUUUAGGGUUAAUUAUAGGAAGAUUGGAUUUGAUUGAACAUAAUCAAAUUGGAUGUGAUAUGUUAGAGACUUUAGCUCAUCAAAUUAUAUUACUUUUACGAGAAUUAUUAUUCGUAUCAAGAACAGGUUCAGAAUAUUCCAAAGAUAAACCUCGAGAAUUAGAUAGUUCUUUAGAUGGAUUAUUAUCUUUAGUCAGCGAUUUGGUUGCUAGUGUGAAAAAUUUAGUGGUUAGAACUGUUAAUGAAACUGAAGAAGAUCGUAUUCACAAAUUUGGUGGUCCACAAUUAAACGGGGCCAGAGAUUAUUAUUACACACCAGAAGGAGGAGAAUUGUUACAAAUUGCAUCAAGAAUGGUUAAAGCAAUUAGUGUGACAGUUGCAUCGAUUAGAAAAUUAUUGGAAGUUACUGGUGAUUUCAAAUUAAGUUCAGAAAGAUCUUAUCCAGAUUAUUCGAAAAUGAGAAUUGAACCUCAAGAAUUUAUAAAAAAAUGUUCACAGGGAAUCACUAAACCAAAAGACAUGCCAAUACAACAACCCAACGGCGCAACUUCUACUUCUAAUAGUGGUGGUAUUAAAGCGUAUAAAGCUAAUAGAUAUUCUAUGAUUAGAGCUGGUAAAACUGGGGAUUUGGGUUUAACUGAGAAUGGUGUCAAUUACUUACAAUCAUUGAAUAAUGAAAAUGGUAAUGGUAAUAAUGUUGUUGAUGAGCUUGAUGGAUCAUCACCAUUUACUCUGUCAGCUCCUGAAUUUAAACCAUUCACAUCAGAAGGAGGGAAUGAAUCAAACAAUGAUGCUAAUAUUAAUGCCAAUAUAAAUAACGAAUUAUCAGUUGAUAGUAAUGGAAAUCUAUUAGGGGGUUCAUUUAAAGGGCUUGUGUAUACUUUAACCAAUGAAGAUCUGCCACCAGAGUAUUUUUUUGUGUCAACAUUUUUCAUAUGUUUCCGAAGUUUUAGUACUGGGAUUGAUUUAAUUGAAGAAUUAAUAACUAGAUUUCAAGUUGGUUAUGUUAGUAAUGAUAUUAAUAUUGAUUUGAAAUUGAAAAAGAGAAGGAAAUUAGUGGCUAAACUGAUUCAAUUAUGGAUGGAAUCUUAUUGGAAUCAUGAAGCUGAUUAUAAUUUGUUGACGACAUUAAUCAAUUUUUUCAAUGAAGGUAUGAGUGAUUAUUUACCUUUGGAUGCCAUUAGAUUGAUUGAUAUUGGUGCCAGACUUUCAUCAAGACCAUUAGUGGAGAAUAGAUCCAGAAGAAUUAAAGACACCAAACAAUUAGUCAAUAGAAGUAUUACCAAUGCUGCUAAAUUACCAAGAAAAACUGGGUCAAUCCUUGGUGAUGAAAUUAAUCGUUAUUCAAUGAUUGAUAGUUAUAGUCUUUCCAAGAUUAACAGCACCAGCAGUAGUAACUCAACUACUAGUAGUAGUGGUCAUUCAGCAUCGUUGCCAAUGCCACUUGGACCUACUAGUACAUCGAAAACAUCAUUAUUGACUUCUUCACAACUUGAAACUAUUGAAAAAGUUAAUCUUACUUAUAGAGCAAUCUUGGGGAAUAGUUGGUGUUCACAAAAAUAUAUUAAUUCAAUUAAAUAUAUUCCAUUAGAUUUAUCAGUGUUAAUGCCGAAUUUUUAUAUAAUUUGUGAUCAAAGUUGGGUUUUAUCAAAUUAUCGACCAAAUUUAUUAGAUUUUAAUGGAUUAGAAAUUGCUAAACAAUUAACAUUAUUAGAAUCAUAUAUUUUUUGUUCAAUUAAGCCUGAUGAAUUAUUAAAUCAAAAUUAUACUACCAAAAGAGCUCAUUUAAAACUAGCUCCAAAUGUUCGAUUAUCAUUAUUAUUCACCAAUUGUUUAUCAGGGUAUGUUAUUGAGUCAAUAUUACAACCCAAUAUCACCAUUAAAUUAAGAAUUAGUAUGGUGAAAAUAUGGUUAAAAAUAGCCAUUUCAUGUCUUUAUUUAAGAAAUUUUAAUUCAUUAGCGGCAAUUAUAACAGCAUUAGAAUCUCAUUUAAUCACCAGGAUUUCAUCAAUUUGGAUUAAAUUAGAAGAUAAAUAUACUGAAUUAUAUGAUUAUUUAUCAAGUAUUAUUCAUCCAGAAAAAAAUUAUCGAGUUUAUCGAAAUAAAUUACGAAAUUUUUUGAAUUCACCAAUGGGAUUAGAAACUCCACCUAUUCCUAUUGUUCCUUAUUUUUCAUUAUUUUUACAAGAUUUAACAUUUAUUAAUGAUGGGAAUCCAAAUUAUCGUAAAGCUAAUACAUUUUUAAAUCAAAAAUUAAUUAAUAUUGAUAAAUAUUUGAAAAUUACCAGAAUUAUUGCUGAUAUUGAAUGUUUACAAAUAUCUUAUCUAGAUGAUCCAAAUAUUGUUGGUAAUGGUGAUGGUAAUUCUUUAAUGGAAAAUGGUGAUGAUAAACCAAAUUAUACUAUUAAUCCAGUUGCACCAUUACAAGAAUUGAUUUUAUUGGAAUUAUGGAAGAUUUGUCAAUUGAAUAAAACUGAAGAAGAUCGUGCUUGGAAAUUGAGUUGUAAGAUUCAACCAAGAGAUGUUAGUUAG